AUGCACGAGGUAGUUGCGACAGAUCUUCGUCAAAAAUUUGGCUCUAGAACGUUUGAUCGGGUGAUCUUUAAUUUUCCACUCACUGGCGGCAAAUCAAACAUUGCCAAAUCGAGAGAUCUGGUGAGCGGUUCUUUGCAAGCACCGCGCACCACGUGGAACGGUUCAAAGGCGAUAUCUGUGUAAGCCUCUGUCAGUGUCAGGGAGGAACGCCCUUAGACAAUCCAAGAAGGGAGCUUGGAAACUCUUGGCAGGUUGUUUACCGAGCUGCGAGAGCUGGUUGGUAUUUGUUUGUUUGUCUUUUUUUAAAUAA